GAGCUUGAACAUUUUUCUAUAUGAAGUCAUGUGUCCUUCCUCUUCUACAAACUAACUGUUCAGAAAAGGUAUACAUUUUCAGAUUAAAAAAAGGGAAGCUGUUCGUCUGCACCUCACCCGGAGCUGCCGAUGGACCUGGUGCCAGAGCUGCCGACAGACUGGGUGCCCCUUCCCCACCCAGCCACCUGCCUGCCACCCGCCUGCCGCCCCGCCACCACCACACCCUUCUCCAACAGCCACAACACAUUGAAGCUCCACUUCCCGGCCGAGUUCUCCGACCUUAGGGGCCACAACCACAUGGCCAAGGUGCUGACCCCUGAGCUGUAUGCGGAGCUUGCCCCCAGAGCACCGAGUGGCUUCGCGCUGGAUGACACCAUCCAGACCGGCGUGGACAACCCGGGCCACCCCUACAUCAUGACCGUGGGCUGCACGGCAGGCGACGAGGAGUCCUAUGACGUGUUCAAGGAGCUCUUGGACCACAUCAUCGAGGACCAGCACGGUGGCUACCAGCCCAGCUACGAGCAUAAGACCAACCUCAACCCUGACAAUCUGCAGGGCGGCGAUGACCUGGACCCCAACUAUGUGCUGAGCUCCCGGGUGCGCAGUCGCAGCACCCGCGGCUUCUGCCUCCCCUCCCACUGCAGCCGCGGGGAGUGCGAUGCCAGCGAGCAGCGAGCCAUGGAAGCUCCGUCAAGCCUGGGCGGCCACCUGGCUGGCCAGUACUGUGCGGUCAAGAGCGUGACCGAGGCGGAGCAGCAGCAGCUCAUCGACUACCACUUCCUCUUCGAUAAGCCUGUGUCGCCUCUGCUCCUGGCCUUGGGCAUGGCCUGCGACUGGCCAGAGGCCCGCGGCAUCUGGCACAAUGACACUAAGACCUUCCUGGUGUGGAUCAACGAGGAAGACCACCUUCAGGUCAUCUCCAUGCAGAAAAGGGGCAACAUGAAGGAGGUGUUCACUCGGUUCUACAACGGCCUCACCCAGAUUGAAACACUCUUCAAGUCAAAGAAUUACGAAGUCAUGUGGAACCCUCACCUGGGCUAUAUCCUCACCUGCCCAUCCAACCUGAGCACAGGCCUGCGGUCAGGUGUGCACAUCAAGCUGCCCCACCUAGACAAGCAUGAGAAGUUCCCGGAGGUGCUCAAGUGGCUUCGGCUUCAGAAACAAGGCACAAGUGGUGUGGACACAGCUGCUGUGGGUGGCAUCUUUUAUGUCUUCAACGCAAACCGCCUGGGCUUCUCAGAGGUGGAGCUGGUACAGAUGGUGGUGGAUGGUGUGAAGCUGCUCAUCAAGAUGGAGCAGUGGCUGGAGCAGGGCCAGGCCACUGAUGACCUCGUGCCUGCCCAGAAGUGAGGCCCCAGCCCGCAUCUGCCACCACCACCAGCCCCACUGCUUCCUAACUUAUUGCCCGGGCAGUGCCCGCCAUGCACCCCGCCGAUGUUCGCCACUUGGCAGCUUAGCCCUUAGCCUCGUUGUAGAGACUUCUGUCGCCCUUGGUAGUAUUUAAUUUUGUGAUGGCUAAGAUGUUGCUGAUGCUGAAAUAAACUAGGGUUUCGGCCUGUAAAAAAAGGGGGGGAGUGGCUGGGGAGAAACAAGUGCCUGGCUCAGUCGGUAGAGCCUAUGACCCUUGAUCUUGGUUGGAGUUGUGAGUUCCAGUCCCACGUUUUGUAUAGAGAUUACUUAAGUGAAUAAAUAAGCUUCUUUUUAAAAAGGGAGACAGGGACUCCUGUGUGGCUCAGUCGGCUAAGUGACUCUUAGUUUCAGCUCAGGUCAUGAUCUCAGGGUCAUGAGAUACAGCCCUGCACCGGGCACCUUGUUCAGUGUGGAGUCUGCUAGAGAUUCUCCCUCUCCCUCUGCCCCUGCU